AUGUUCGCCUCACGAAUGGUGUGGUCAGCAUUGGUACUGUCUCUGUUGGUAGCCCUGGCAGCCUCCGCCACUCCCUGGGAUCGCUCUUUCCGCGAUGAGGAGGAGUCCCCGAAGUUCCUGCCUCCUUCUCCCCCGGACUCUUCUGCCGUGGCCCUGACUCUCCUCACGGACGAGGACCACAGCCUCAGCAAGCGUUCUAGCUACUACAACUCCUGCACGGGCGUCUACGACCGCGAACUCAUCGCCAGGCUCGACCGCGUGUGCGAAGACUGCUACAACCUUUACCGCGACGUCGAGGUGGCUGUGGGUUGCAGGAAAGGCUGUUUCCACAACGAGGUGUUCCUCUACUGCGUGGAUUACAUGUUCCGGCCUCGCCAGAGGAACCAGUACCGGGCCGCCCUGCAAAAGCUCGGCAAGUAG